GUCCUGCAAGCCUGAAGGUUCCCACCCCUGAGCUAAAAGCACACUGCACAGACAGAGAGAGUGAAUUUCAUAUCUUACCUCCCUUGGAAGUUGAGAAAGAGUUUCAGGAGCAGUGGAAUGUGAAUCAGCAGGUUUCAGGAUCUCACAUAUCCAAAUAAUUGCAUUUUAAAUAAUAUUUUGCUAUGAGUUUUAUUUAUCUAAUUAUUUGUGAUGCAUGUGUUUUUAGUAUAGCUUUGCUAAAUUGCACCAUUGUGGGAAUUUGGUACAAGAAGAAUUGACAAAAGAAAUAUGGGAUGAGCAAAGCAGAGAUCACUUUUCAUUGUUUUUCUUAGGCAAGAGUAAUUAUAUAAUUACAACUGCCUUGAGCAGUCACAGGAAAGGAUAAAUCAAAACUGUCACUCUAUUUCUUUGCUGUUGUACAAAAUUAAAGAGCCUUUUUGAAACUGGAGACACUUUAAUGCCGCAACUGAAAUUUCCCUGUGCGCUUUACAGACUAUGCGUAUCAGAUGAUCGGAUUGUAGGCUAAUAAUAUCUCACUUUUUGUGCAAUGUACUCUUCUCUGAUGUUAGUAAUGGGAACUCUACCUCCAGGCUCGUCAUUGCUUCUUGGUCAUUUGCUCUUUAUUGCAUGACACCCCCGGUGGGCACUGGGAAUCCCAAUUACUAACUUGGCUGCCCAUGUGAUCGUGGCAUUGCUCUGACACAUUUUAGCAUGGUCUUCCGUGGAAGCACUGGUGUGUUGUCUCAUCAUGGGAAUGGGGAACCCCAACUACUAACCUGGCUGCCCAUGUGAUAAUGGCAUUGCUCUGACACAUUUCAGCAUGGCCUUCCAGGGGUACUUUCCAUAAUUGCCCUAGGAAAUAUUAUUAGUAUUUUCUUCCUCUUCACAGAUAUGCCCAUUCCUUGAAGUCAUGCAGUGCAAUCCUGUGUAUGUUUAUACAAAAUUUGCUUUACUCCCUUUGAGUUUAGUAGCACUUCCUCCCUAGACCACUGAUGGAUUUUAAAGCUUCAAUUCACUCUGCAGAUAUUAGACAGAAUUGUCUCCUUGAGGAACCAACUUCUCACCAUCGGCAGCUUGUAUUACUUACUGACCAAAAAGAUCUUGGAGCACUUUUUCCUUUGUAAUCCCAAAGAAGAUGGCUGAGAAACAGAUUAGUUUGCCCGCUAAACUUAUUAAUGGAGGAGCUGCAGGGAUCAUUGGCGUUACUUGUAUAUUUCCAAUUGACCUGGUUAAAACCAGGCUACAGAAUCAGAGAAGUGGACAGCAAGUCUACAAAAGCAUGUUGGAUUGUCUAAUGAAAACCCUGCGUUCAGAAGGCUGUUUUGGAAUGUACAGAGGUGCAGCAGUGAAUCUGACCCUUGUAACACCCGAGAAGGCUAUCAAACUGGCUGCUAAUGACUAUUUUAGGCACCUUCUUGCCAAGGAUGGGGUAGCCCUUUCUUUAUCUAAGGAGAUGCUGGCCGGUUGUGGUGCUGGAACCUGCCAAGUUAUUAUCACCACUCCAAUGGAGAUGCUGAAAAUCCAGCUUCAAGAUGCAGGACGACUAGCAUCUCAGCAGCUUGUGAGCAGAGUUCCUUGUUCAUCUCCUGGGUGCAAGCUUCUAGCUGUCAGCCCUGUUCUAGCCAGAGCAUACAAUGUAGGACCAAUUGCCUUUCCAAGGAGGAUAUCUGCCACACAGAUAGCAGUCGAGCUUCUGCAUACCCAGGGCAUUAAAGGACUCUACAAGGGUCUUGGAGCCACCUUGCUGAGGGAUGUCCCAUUCUCGGUCAUCUAUUUCCCGCUGUUUGCCCAUCUGAACAGAGCAGGACACAAUUCCCUGGAAGAGAAAGCCCCUUUCUUUCGUUCUUUUCUUGCUGGUUGCAUGGCCGGUUCAGUGGCAGCUGUGUCUGUCAAUCCCUGUGAUGUAAUAAAAACUCGUCUUCAGUCAAUGGGCAAGGGAAGAAACGAAGAGAGUUAUAAUGGAAUUAUUGAUUGUGCACGGAAACUUUGGAUGAAGGAGGGUCCUUUAGCCUUCCUUAAAGGGGCUGGUUGCCGAGCCCUGGUCAUUGCACCUCUUUUUGGUAUAGCUCAAGGUAUUUACUUUAUUGGUGUUGGAGAAUUUCUUAUUGAGCUAUACCAGUAUGGAAGACUUUCUCCCUAGACUUCCUCCUUGUUCUUUGGACCUACUGGAAUGAAUCCACAAGAAUCACCAGACAAGACACAAGAAAACAGUGAAAUUUCAGAUUGAAUUAUCAGUGUUUCUUCUGUCAAAACUUAGACUCAAAGCCAAGUCCACCUGAGCUCUUAAUUGUUAUCAGGUUUUGGAGCCAGACUGACUGGGCACAUAGUUCUCUAAUGGUGAUGUGUCUCUUUUUCUUAUGAAGUAGAAAGCCAAGAGUUGUGACACAGUAGGACAGUCAUCUGAAUAUGUAGAAUGCAGGAUGCAUUCUGGGAGUUAGAAGAAUGAAGCCUCUGGUAAUGGAAUGGCAAUGGCUACUUUUUAUUAAGCCUGGCUAUGGGAGGAUGUAUCAGAAAACCUUUUUUUAUGAGUGGAACAGGAAAAGAAACUUUAAACAAAAUUAUUGGGGGAGGGCACUUGCAAUCGUUCCAAGCAUGUUAGCAAAGAUUUUAAAAAUGGGAACAAAUGUUGUGAAUUUUUUAUAUAUCUGUCUUUUAUAACAUAACUUUACAUAGAGUAAAGAAUUUGGUUCCUGUGGUGACUGCUAAGAACAGAGCAAUGUAAUACAAUACAAGGGUUAACAGGUGAAGGAAGCAAGAUAGACUAUCAACCUAAAGGUUUUCAGAAAUGCUCUCUGGAACCUAGUUAUAGGGACUAGCGAUCUCUGUAAGCUACAUGUUGUGCAAAUAAACUGCUAAGCAGUUUUUCUUGGGCUGUUGCAACUAUGUUUUUGUGAAGCUAUAUUGUAGGUUUUACUGUUCAUAAUUAACUACAAAAUUUCUCUAUCAAAGGUGUGUGUUUUUUUAAUGAAUUAUAAGAUGGUCUCUAGACAUACCAUGAAUAAUGUGUUGGCAGCGCAAGAAUGAUCAUUUUUCUUUGCUCUUAUCCUGGCGCAAUAAAAUGGUUCAGACCAGU